UCACUACACAAACAUAAAAAUUUCUUGAAACAGCGCGAAGUUCACCAAGGGCAUACAUUUCCCAUAGCAAAGGCAAUAAGAAAAAUAGCACAUUAAUCGUAUUAGCCUUAACUAAAUUUUGCUCUAUGCAUUAUAUCACUUUCAUUUUUCUAAUGUAACAGCUAUUUUUUCUCAUAUUUUUUGUAUAAUUAUCAAAUAUAGAUAUAAGAUUAUUAUAUAAUAAAAGAAUAAUUACCUCAAAAGUAUUUAUUGUAUUCCAAAGAAAUAUUACAUCAUUAUAUGGAAUGCGGUAAUGUGCACAGCUCGCAGCUAAAAAUACCGUGGCAGAUAUAUCAUGGCAAGUGUGUGACGACUGUCAAGGUCAUCUCUGUAAUCAGCUUGUCUUUACUCGGUAGUUUCGCUUUCUUUGCAAAGCUUCGAAAGUUGGAAAAAAAUUGUUUCCAAGAUUACCAGCAAAGAUUUGCCUGACUGACAGACACUUUUUAAAAUAAUGUACAAGGCAAUUAGAUGAAAAAAAAAGAAAAAAAAAGAAAAUAGUUAAAGCACAAUGCCGACUUUCGACCUGGUCCAUCAUUCAAACCGGUUUACCUCGGUUAACGUUGGAAACAAGAAAAAAGGGUCAUCGUGCGGUUUCUUCCGUCUGCUUCGUGGUAUCGCGACUGAUGCCUCGGCCGGAUCCGAUUAAUUUAACGUCUACGGCGCGCACAUGUGUUACCCUACUGUGGCAUAAAAUCUCGACAAAAGUCGAACGACCUCAGUUCGGCUUUGGCGUCUUGUCCGGUUUCGUUUUUGCGACCUCUUCUACGCGGAGAAACUUUUUCCUUGCAAACAGUCGAUCGAUAGCUACCGCGGUAGCUGCCACGAUUUCCUCUCCUACGGAUGGCAGACAAUUCAAACUGUUUCAACUCGCGACAAGUUUUAUUAAACGUGCAUUAACUUAAUUCUUUAUUUUAAUUUAAGUCAGUAAUCACUUGCAGAGAUCUCGUGACAGAUAAUGACACUGGAAAAACUGAGUGUCAUUUUAAUCGUCCUUGUUUGGACCACUAAUUCUCUGGCGGAUAAUCAUCGCUCAAGACGAUCAGGUAACGAAUAUAUACUGCAUAGAUGUACAGCUACUGCAGAAUUAAUUAGGAAGCAUAGAAAUGAGGAUAUUGCAGGGAUCAGCUCACGCAAAACCGAGGAAGACUUAGCACAAUUGCAAACGCAACAAAAAGGUUCUUUGAUUAAUGCUACUCAAUCUGAAGUUGCAAAGCAAAUUUCGAGUAGCGUUUACCGACGUAUGACUCAUAUGAGGAGACGCGGUAAUGGGCACGCACGUCGAAUCGCAGCCAAAUAUUUGGCAGAUACACCCCUCAAAACCGUGAAUAUCAACGUAUCACAAGAUAGACCAUCAGCCUUCAAGAAGAAAAACCCGUUACCAGAACUCGCGCGCGAUACAUCUAGCAGAAAGAUUGAUUCGUUGCCACAUGUAAUAAUUAUCAAAUCCGUAACUUAACGUUCUUUCAAUGAUUCGUUCAAUUUACAUCGCCGCAGAUUAUAAUUUUAUUGUAAAUUAGUGUAACUAUAACAUUUGUAAUAGUAUAAUACUAAAAAAAAACUAUACUUGGACUAUCAUGUAAUUUCAUAAAAUAAUUUAUCGAUUUUGUCUUUCUGUAAUUAUUAUUAUCGACAAAUAUUAUUUUUGAUAACUGCGGCUUUUUUUAAAGUUUUAUUGUUUUGUCAUAUAAAUUUUUGAAAACUAAAAUAAGUAUUGUGUUAAAUAAAUUUCAAACAUUUUCAUUACAAUUUAUGUCGACAAAUUAUCUACAGUAUGGCUUGUAUAAAUAAUUAUUCAUAGUAACAUAUUAUAGUUACGUAUUACUC